GUACCAGCUUCUAAAUAAAGAAUUAAACGGUGUUAGUGUGUUUUCCUGUUCACUAAAACGGUGUAAUUGUGAGUUGUAUUGGUGCAGGUAGGCUCAGUGUUGGGGAAAUGGGUGGAAAUCCACACCCUCAGUUAGAUCAGCCACACCAGCAGAGUUCCUCACUGAACUGAACUCAACACACUUCACUGUGGAGAAGAGGAGCUGCAGCAGAGUUAUGACUGGAUAAGAGACAGACUGCAGUCAUGCUGCGUGUUGUUGUUGAGUCCGCCUCAGGACUCCCCAAGAAGAAUCUUGGAAAUCCAGACCCCAUCACUUACAUCCUCUUUAAAGGUGAAACAAAGAAAACUCGCUCCAUUAACAGUGAAGUCAACCCAGUCUGGAAGGAGACACUUGAGUUUGAUUUGAAGGGUUCCCCUCUCGAUUCUUCUUCCUUCAUUGAUGUGAUUGUGAAAGACUUUGAGACUAUUGGAAAAGACAAGUUAAUAGGAUCAGCUAAAAUCUAUUUGAAAGAUCUUGCAAGUGGACAAGCAAAGUCACUCCCUUCCAAAAAUUUGGCUUUGCUCGGUGACAGUGGGCAAAAUAUUGGAGGCACUAUUGACCUGGUUAUUGGAUAUGAACCCCCAGCCAAUUCUGCUCCCAACCCAAACGAUCAGCCGGAUGGGGAAGGAAACACAGGUGGUGUUGAUGGAGGAGAUGGAGGAGACACCACUGAUAUUGGGGGUGUACCAUCCUCCUCUCAGCAGAACCAGAGAGUUCAGUGGAGGAGCAGAAAACAGCAGCGGCCUUUAUCCAAUAAACCUCAGGACUUUCAGAUCCGGGUCCGAGUUAUCGAGGGGCGCCAGCUGCCGGGAAACAACAUUAAGCCUGUAGUCAAAGUAAACGUUUGUGGAGAAACUCACAGAACUCGCAUCAAAAGAGGAAAUAAUCCAUUCUUUAACGAGAUUUUCUUUUACAAUGUCCACAUGCUUCCCUCAGAACUCUUCGAUCAACACGUCAGCAUACGGGUGUAUAAUUCAUCCUCCCUCAGAGCUGACAGCCUCAUGGGAGAAUUUAAGAUUGAUAUCGGCUACAUCUACGAUGAACCAGCUCACUGUGUCAUGAGGAAAUGGCUGCUCCUAAACGACCCGGACAACUCAAGCUGUGGAGCAAAAGGCUACCUCAAAGUCAGCGCAUUCAUCGUGGGGACAGGAGAUGAUCCUCCGGUAGAGAAAACGGAUCGAGACACUGAUAGUGAUGAUGUGGAGAGUAACCUUCUGCUACCUGCUGGAAUCGCUCUGAGAUGGGUCACCCUGCAGUUGAAAGUGUUUCGUGCUGAGGACAUUCCCCGGAUGGACGACUCCAUUUCCCAGUCAUUAAAAGCUGCUUUUGGUGGGACGGGUGAUAAAAAGAAUCUAGUGGAUCCAUUCUUAGAAGCCUGGUUUGCUGGCAAGAAGAUUUGCACAAAAAUUAUUGAGAGCAACGCAAACCCUGAAUGGAACCAGUUGGUUAAUCUGCAUGUUAAGUUCCCAUCUAUGUGUGAACGGAUCAAAUUGACUGUGUAUGAUUGGGAUCGUCUGACGAGGAACGAUGCUGUUGGCACUACGUACUUAAAUCUGACCAAGAUAGCGUCCUCUGGUGGAGAAGUGGAAGAGGAUCAUCCAGGACAUGAGUUACCAGGAAAUGAAGCAGAAACAGGGGAGCCUGAUGUUGGCUUUCUUCCAGCUUUUGGACCCAGCUAUAUUAACCUGUAUGGCAGCCCAAGAGAAUUCACUGGCCUUCCUGAUCCUUAUGAAGACCUCAACUUUGGAAAGGCGAAAGGAGCAGCAUACAGAGGGAGAGUUCUAAUUGAGCUUUCUACUAAACUGGAUGGCAAGGCAGACACAGAUGUAGAGGCAAUAUCAAAUGAUGACAUCUUGGUUGCUCAGAAAUACCAGCGCAGGAGAAAGUACUGUCUGUGUGCUGUGUUUCACAGUGCCACCAUGAUCCUGGAGCCCGGUGAGCCUAUUCAGUUUGAAGUGAGUAUCGGCAAUUAUGGCAACAAGCUGGACUCAACCUGCAAACCUCUGGCUUCAACCACUCAGUACAGCUGUGCUGUGUUCGAUGGUAACCACUACUACUACUUGCCCUGGGCCGACACCAAGCCUGUUGUAGCCAUUAUGUCAUUUUGGGAGGAUAUCAGUCAUCGUCUCGAUGCUGUUAACAUCCUUCUCAACAUAGCAAACCGCUUGGAAUGUAACAUCACUGAGCUGAAGACUGCAGUGCAGGCUAAAGCCCCGGACUUAAGACUGGCAGAGAUUUGGCAAAAGCUUGUCAGUCAGGUGCUGGAGGACAUCAGCAGCUGUAGGCUGCCGGAGCUGGAGGGCAAGGCUAACCUCACAACACUGGACAUUCAGAUUAAGAAGCUGCGGGACAAUUCUCUGAAGAGCAUCAGGACUGCAGCUGAGCGCCUGUUCCAGGAUGGUGUUGAUCUAAAGGAGGCCAUGGCCACCAUCGACGGUUGGCUGGACAAACUUAAGCAACUAGCAGAGGAGCCUCAGAACAGCAUGCCUGAUGUGAUUAUCUGGAUGUUGAGAGGAGAGAAGAGGGUGGCCUACAGCCGGGUCCCGGCACAUCAGGUUCUGUAUUCAGUUUUGGGCGAGCAGGCCUGUGGACAGUACUGCGGAAAAACACAGACAAUCUUCCUGCAGUACCCCAUGGACAAAAACAAGGGUUCCAAGCUUCCUGCUCAAGUCCGAGUGAAUAUGUGGCUGGGAUUAUCCACACAUGAGCAGAAAUUCAAUGCGUUUGCUUCGGGACUGUUCACUGUUUCUGCAGAACUGUAUGAGAACCAGGCGAAGGUGCUGGGGAAGUGGGGCACCACGGGUCUGUUGAAUCGCAGCAAGUUCUCUGAUGUCACUGGAAAAGUGAAGCUCAAGCAUGAGUAUUUUUUGCCCCCUAGAGGCUGGCAGUGGGAGGGGGACUGGAUGGUGGAACCACAAAAAAGUCUGUUAACAGAGGCUGAUGCGGGGCACAGUGAGUUUGUGGAUGAGGUGUAUGAGAAUCAGACGCGGUUCCCUGGAGGAGAGUGGAAAGAUGCUGCAGAGCCUUACACAGAUGUGAAUGGAGAGAAAUCCCAUCGCCCAGACGAGCUGGAGUGCCCUCCUGGAUGGAAAUGGAUGGAUGAGUGGACCUUCGAUGACAAACGGGCUGUAGAUGAGAGAGGUUGGGAGUAUGGCAUCACUAUUCCUCCUGAUGAUAAGCCUAAGUCAUGGGUGGCAGCUGAGAAGAUGUACCACGUUCACCGUCGUAGGAGAAAGAUCAGGCCGCGCAAAAAAGUGGCUGGUGGCACUGCAGCCACUGAGAGGAAAAGUACAGGAGACUCAGAGGACUGGGAGUUCUCUACACUUGUUGGCUGGAAGUUCCAUAAAAAGGAGAGAUCCUCCGAUAGUUUCCGCCGGCGCCGCUGGAUAAGGAAGAUGGCUCCUUCUGAUCGAGUUGGGGCUUCUGCCAUCUUUAAACUGGAGGGGUCGCUGGGAAUUGAUACAGAAGGAAAGGGGGAUGACAAAGGAUCCAAAUCAGACGCAAUUAACUUGCUGGAUGCCAACACACCCAAUGUGUCAUGUGUUUUUGACCAGGGCUAUGAAUACCACCUACGGGUCUACGUUUACCAGGCCAGGAAUCUGAUGGCCUUGGACAAAGACAGUUUCUCAGAUCCAUAUGUACAUGUAUCAUUUCUACACAUGAGCCAGACCACAGAAAUCAUCAAGGCUUCCUUGAACCCGAUGUGGGAUCAAACCCUUAUAUUCAACAGAGUGGAAAUCUAUGGUGACCCUCAAACGAUCGCCCGUGACCCACCGCAAGUUGUGCUGGAGAUUUUCGACAGUGACCAAGUGGGUAAAGAUGAGCUGCUGGGAAGAAGCACCUGUCCGCCUUUAGUGAAACUGGACCCUGGCAUGGACACACCUCCGAAACUGCUGUGGCGCCCUGUCAUUCACAAGGGAACGCCUGCUGGAGAGGUGCUGGUGUCAGCUGAACUGAUUCUAAGAAACAAGACUGGUGAGACUGAUCUUCCUCUUGUUCCCCCCAAAAGAGGGGACGAACUGUACAUGGUUCCUCAGGGGGUCCGUCCCGUAGUGCAACUCACUGCAAUAGAGAUCCUGGCCUGGGGAUUGCGCAACAUGAAGAUGUACCAGUUGGCACCUGUCUCCUCCCCGAGCCUGGUGGUGGAGUGUGGAGGAGAGAGGGUUCAGUCUGCGGUCAUCAAGAACAUAAAGAAAAGCCCCAAUUUCUCUGGAAACGUUCUUCAGUUAAAAGUGCUCCUGCCUAAAGAAGAGAUGUACACGCCUCCAAUUGUGCUGAAAGUGAUCGAUCACAGGCCGUUUGGGAGGAAGCCUGUUGUAGGGCAGUGCACCAUCAACUCACUGGAGGAAUAUCGAUGUGACCCCUAUGGCACAGUGGCUGAAGUGGCAAUGACAUCUAAAGUGGCUUUGAUGGCGGCUGCCCCCCAGGAGCUCCACAUAAACAUUGAGGAAAGGCCUCUUCUUGAGACUCAGCUCAUGUAUGGCAUCUCAGCAGCUGUUGACAAAAUGGCCCCAUCCAAUUCACUCAGUCAAGAGAAGGAAAAAGAGACGAUUGACUGGUGGAGUAAGUUUUAUGCUUCCAUUGGAGAACAUGAAAAAUGUGGCCCAUAUCUUCAGAAAGGAUAUGACACCCUGAAAGUGUUCGAAAAUGAACUGGAAAAUGUUACUGAGUAUAAGGGGCUGACUGACUUCUGCAACACCUUUAAACUGUACCGCGGUAAGACUGAGGAUGAUGAAGAUGACCCCACGGUGGUUGGAGAGUUCAAGGGCUCUUUCAAAGUCUAUCCACUGUCAGAUGAUCCGGCCAUUCCCUCGCCUCCACGGCAAUUUAGAGAGUUACCAGACAGUGGACCACAAGAGUGUGUGGUCAGGAUCUAUGUGGUCAGAGGAAUUGACUUGCAGCCCAAAGACAACAAUGGUUUGUGUGACCCAUACAUCAAGAUUUCUUUGGGAAAGAAGAUUGUGGAUGACAGAGAUAAUUAUGUACCGAACACUUUGAACCCAGUGUUUGGAAGAAUGUUUGAGGUGUCCUGCUUCCUACCUCAGGACAAAGACUUAAAGAUCUCUGUGUAUGACUUUGACCUGCUCACUCAUGAUGAGAAAGUAGGAGAGACUGUGAUUGACCUGGAGAACCGGCUCCUCUCUCGUUUUGGCUCCUACUGUGGUCUACCGCAGACGUACUGCAUAUCUGGCUUAAACCAGUGGCGGGAUCAGUUGAAACCAUCCCAGAUUCUCCAGAAUGUUGCACGCCUGAAAGGAGUAUCUCCUCCUAGAUCAGAAGACAAUGGAAACACUUUAGCUUUCAAUGGCCAAGAAUAUCGCCUUUCGGACUUUGAGGCGAACAAAGAGCUUCAUCAGCACCUGGGUCCUGCCACUGAGCGGAUCUCGCUCCAUGUUCUCCGCACACAGGGCCUGAUUCCAGAACACGUGGAAACCAGAACACUCUACAGCACCUUCCAGCCCACUCUCUCUCAGGGAUGUCUUCAAAUGUGGGUCGAUGUUUUCCCCAAAAGCCUGGGACUUCCUGGACCUCCUUUUGAUAUAUCCCCACGCAAGGCAAAAAAGUAUGUUUUGCGGGUAAUUGUUUGGAACACUACUAACGUCAUUUUGGAUGAAACAAGCAUCACCGGAGAGCGUAUGAGUGACAUCUAUGUGAAGGGCUGGAUGCCAGGCAAGGAAGAAGACAAGCAGAAGACUGAUGUUCACUAUAGAUCUCUCGACGGCGAUGGAAACUUCAACUGGAGGUUCAUCUAUGAGUUUGACUACCUGCCUGCUGAGCAACUGUGCCUUGUUUCUAAAAAGGAACACUUCUGGAGUCUGGACAAAACUGAGUUUAAAAUCCCACCUCAGCUGAUCAUUCAGAUAUGGGACAAUGAUAAAUUCUCACUGGAUGAUUACCUUGGGACGGUCGAACUUGACCUGCACCACCUCAUCUCACCUGCUAAAAUGCCUGAGAAGUGCAACCUGAAAAUGCUGGAACAAGCAAAAGCCAGUAAAUCGCCACUGAAGUUUGACAGUUCAAAGUCCCUAUUUGCCCAGAAAUCGGUCAGAGGAUGGUGGCCUUGCUACAUUGAAAAAGAUGGCAAAAAGGAACUUGGGGGGAAAGUGGAGAUGACACUGGAGAUAGUACACGAGAAGGAGGCAGAGGAAAGGCCAGCAGGGAAAGGCAGAGAAGAACCCAACAUGAAUCCAAAGCUGAAUCCUCCCAACCGACCUGAAACGUCAUUUUUCUGGUUUACUAAUCCAUGCAAGACCAUGAAGUUCAUUGUGUGGCGGAGGUUCAAGUGGCUUUUCAUUGGCCUGCUCUUGUUAAUCUUAGUGCUGCUGUUUAUUGGGAUCCUUCUCUAUUCAUUACCGAACUACAUUUCAAUGAAAAUUGUGAAGCCUUUUCAAUGAGAUGAACCUGUGUUUCAACGAGUGUGGCGAUGGAUAAGCGACAAACCAAGAGAAUAUAGGUUUUAUAUCUACAGAUCAAAAGUAUUUUAAAAUGCCAGCAACUAAAUGUUUAAUUUUAGGUUCCUAGAUUACAUAUUUUAGCCAAUUUUUAUGGAACUAAUUAGUCCAGUAGUCUGUUACAUAACCCAACUGGUUCACUACCAUCUCAGCUCUUUUACUGUCAGUCACAUUUCACAUUUCUGACACCUGUAUGCAAUGUUUACUGGCUCCAUUAAGCCACAUUUCAGAUUUUAUAUUUCAACUUUUUUCUGUGAUGCAUAAUCCCAGUCAGAAAGGGUUGGUACAGUAUGGGACAUGCAAAUAAAAAUGCAGUGUUUUUCGCAUUUUAUUUUACUUUUAUUUCAUUGCAGACAGUAUGAACCCAAUAUAUUUCCUAUUUUGUCUAAUUUAUAUCACCUUCAUUUUAUUUGUUAAAUCAAUUCCUGCAUUUCAAGCCUGCAUCACAUUCCAAACAAAGUUGGGAUGAUAAAGGAUUUACCUCUUUGUAAUGUUGCCGUUACUUUUUACAAUGAUUAAAAGACGUUUGGCACCAAGGAUACCAAGCAUUCAAGUGUUUCACAUGUUAUUUUGUGUUAUAAUAAAAGUCAAGUCAAGAGUUACAGACUGACAGAGUAAAGCAGAAUUACAUGUCCAGGAAAACAUGAAAACAUAAAACGAGAAUAAUCUUAAUGUGUGUGGUGAGGAUAUGGUGCAGAGAUAUGUAACAUGCUUUGACAUAUAGGUAUUCACAAUGUCAGUAACAUGCAAGGACAGUGACGAAUACAGUAUUUUAGCAGUAAAUAUUCCUGAUAGAAUAUAAGUAAAUACAGACUGGGAGCAUUAGUAGAGAGGAGUGAUUUUUUUUUUGUUUUUUUGGUUGACCAAACAAAACAUGAAUUAUCUUUGGUUUAUGCUGCAGUGAAAAAAAGUCAAAUUAAAUAAUGUGUGUAAUAAUAAUAUAUGGAUGUGGUGUAUGAAAUAAAUAUACAUUUCUUAGUGUUUUGAAUCAGUUCCUACAAUAAAAGGCUUACAUCAUA